AUGUCUGGAUUCUUUGGAAGGAUUUUCGGGUUCGGAGAAUCAACCGACGGUACCGCCGCCGAGGAGCCGAUGAUUGCAGAGGAAACUGUCGAACGCUCAGAAUCCGGAGGUUCGUCUGGUAAUGACUGUAGCUUCUCAUUUGGAGAAGAUUCUUCAGAUGAUGAGAAAAUGGAGGAGAGCGGAGAAAGAACCGUUGAGGAGGAAGAGGUCUGCGAAGAAUCGAUCGAGGACUUAGAUGACUCGAUCGAUAAACAAGAGUACUCUUUUGGAGAAGAAGAGACUGCUGAAAAUUCUGAAGAGGUUCUCAAUGACGGUGUCAAGGAGACUCAGAAAGAAUCAACUCAAAUUGAUAUCAAUGAGAAUCCAAUAGAAGAAGCUCAUUCAAUCUCUCUAGAUUCUGUAGAUGAUCUAAGCGACAUUGAGCAUGGAAAUGAAACAUCAGUUAAAGAAGAUUCAGGAGAGGUUGAUGAGCUCGUUCAUCAGAAUAACGGAGAUUCAGAAUAUGGUGAAGAUAGUUUCUCAUUCGGGGAGGAAUCUGAAGCGAGCGAUUUCGAAGAAUUCAGAAAUAUCAAUGAUGAGGUGGAAAGUGUUGGGAGCUGCUCGAGUCCAUCUGAUAAUUCGUUUGAAGAAUAUGAAGAUGCAAUUAGUACUGAGAAGAGUGAAUUCACGGAGACUUCAGAAGCCGUUCAGAUUGAGCUCAACUCAGAAUUGAAUAACGAGAAAGUUUUGGAUGAAGAGAAAUUGGAAGAACAUGAAGAUGCAUUGAAUACGGAGGUGAAAGAGUUGGUUGUGGAGACUUUGGAUAUGACACAGAAUGACGAUUUUGAGUUGAACGACGAGAAAUCAGAAGAAGGAAACGUCAUGAAAAAUGAACCGGACGCAUUUGAAAACAUGUCAGAUGAUUCAAUGCUUCAGGAGGAGAAAAAAGAAAACGAAGUUUAUGAAGUCAUUAGUGAUCCAGAAGACACCAGUGAUAACGAGAGUCAACUCAUUGACUUCACAAUGAGUCAGAUGCAACAAAUGGAGUUGGAGAACAAUGAUGAGGAAGUUGUUGAGGAGGAGUUCACUGGAAAGUCUGAAACUUUGAAGAGAACGUCAGAAGACCCAGAAACAACUGAAUCAGUGAAGAGCGGAGAGGUUGAGACUGAGAAUCCAGACAAGCUUCGCCCAAUCAAAUGCGGAUCGGAAACCAUCGAUAAAGAAGAGCAUGUUGGUAUCUGUGAAACAUCUGUAAAAACUGGCACUCUCACUACUGAUGAUUCCAUGAAAAAGAAGAGAAAAUCGAAAAAGAUCUCCAAGGAACAUAUUCUCGCCUACGAAGAGUACAUCAGAGCUACUGAAGCUUAUGAACUUGCCCUCGAACAACAUGUUCGUCAGUUGGAACGGUGCUUGGCCGUCAAUGAGAAAAUUCUUCGCAUCACCGGCACUGCAAAAUAA